CGGGGAGGGAGCAGCCGGGGCGCAGGCUGGGUGGGAGCCGCUUCCAUCCGCGCGGACUGCCUGGAGAGCCGGCUGCAAGCCAGGGCGCUACGGCCGGCGAGCGGCGGGGGCAGCCGGGCAGGGACGCGACGAGCCCGAGCGUGGACACUCUCCUGCCCUGGGUGUCGUCUAGCGGGAGCCCCAGGGAGCCCGGCAGCUUCCAGCCCUUGCGGUGCGGAGAGCGAGACGCCCACUGCGCCCGGCGAGCAAAGAGCCGGGCGGGCUCUGAGCCGCUGCCAUCAGCUGGCAGCGUAGGCAGAGGGGCUGGAAACCCGUUGCCAUCAGCAGACAGCAGGGGCGGGGAGCGGGGAGCCCACGGCCAUCGGUGUGCGCCGGCCGGCCGGCGAGCAAGUUGGGGUGCAGAGGAGGAGGGGCGUCCUGCCCGCUCCAGGGAAGAGUCCGGCAUGCAGAAGAUGCCGUGCAUGGCAGCGAAGAAGAGGUGGUUUUGUGGUCCCGGCUGCUCGGGGUUUCCCUGGCGCUCUUGCUUCCCCUCUUGGAUUUGCUGCUGGGCUCUAAUCUGCUGUCAAACGGCGCGGACGGGGGAUGCUGCUGAGACUUCCUCCGGCGUGCAGCUGCCUCAGUGUCAGGAGACAGAUUACCACUAUGAAUACACAGAAUGCGAUAGCAGUGGAUCCAGGUGGAGGGUGGCUGUCCCAAAUCAGUCGGCGGCGUGCUCUGGAUUACCCGACCCUGUGAAAGGAAAAGAAUGCACUUUUUCAUGUGCUUCUGGUGAAUACCUAGAAAUGAAGAAUCAAAUGUGCAGUAAAUGUGCCGCGGGGACAUAUUCCUUGGGCAGCGGGAUCAAGUUUGAUGAAUGGGAUGACCUGCCAGCAGGAUUCUCCAAUGUGGCAACUUUCAUGGACACGGCUGUCGAAUCAGCUGAGAAUAAAGCAGAUAGCUGUGACAACUCUUCGUGGACUCCUCGUGGGAAUUACAUAGAGUCCAACAGAGAUGACUGCACUGUUUCUCUAAUCUAUGCUGUACAUCUGAAGAAAUCUGGUUUUGUCUUCUUUGAAUACCAGUAUAUUGACAAUAACAUCUUCUUUGAGUUUUUUAUUCAAAAUGAUCAGUGCAAAGAGAUGGAUUCCACGGCCGACAAAUGGGUGAAAUUAACAGACCACGGCGAAUGGGGCUCUCAUUCCGUAGCUUUGAAACCAGGAACUAAUAUAUUAUAUUGGAGAACAACGGGGAUUCUUAUGGGUUCUAAAGUGGUGAAACCUGUUCUGGUGAAAAACAUCACAAUUGAAGGAGUUGCAUAUACAUCUGAAUGCUUUCCAUGCAAACCUGGUACAUUCAGUGAUAAGCCAGGGUCUUCCAAUUGCCAGGUGUGUCCCAGAAAUACCUACUCAGAGAAAGGAGCUAAGGAAUGUACCAACUGUAGUGAAGAAACACAUUAUGCAGAUGAAGGCUCCAGCCAAUGUACAGCACGUCCUCCUUGUACGAACAAAGACGUUUUCCAGAUCCAUACGCUGUGUGAUAAGGAAGGAAAGACUCAGAUAAUGUACAAAUGGAUAGAGCCUAAAAUCUGCAGGGAGGAUCUUCCUGGUGCGUUGAAACUGCCUCCUUCUGGAGAGAAGAAGGAUUGUCCACCAUGCAACCCUGGGUUUUACAACAAUGGAUCAUCUUCCUGCUCUCCUUGCCCUCCGGGCAUGAUUUCGGAUGGAACAAAGGAAUGCAAGGCCUGCCCUGCUGGGACUGAACCAGCUCUCGGGCUUGAAUAUAAAUGGUGGAACGUUCUGCCAGUCAAUAUGAAGACUUCUUGUUUUAAUGUUGGCAAUUCAAAGUGUGAUGGAAUGAAUGGCUGGGAGGUGGCUGGUGAUCACAUCCAGAGUGGGGCAGGGGGCUCUGACAAUGAUUAUCUUAUCCUGAACCUGCAUAUCCCAGGAUUUAAACCUCCAACAUCGGUGACGGGAGCAACCGGGUCAGAACUAGGACGGAUUUCUUUUAUUUUUGAGACCAUCUGUUCAGCAGAUUGCGUGAUGUACUUUAUGGUGGAUAUUAAUAGAAAAAACACGAAUGUGGUGGAAUCCUGGGGCAAGACGAAGGAGAAACAAUCUUACACUCACAUUAUCUCCAAAAAUGCUUCCUUCACAUUCACAUGGGCCUUCCAGAGGACAAACCAGGGCCAAGAUAGCAGGCAAUUCAUACACGACCUGGCAAAGAUCUACUCGAUAACAGUGACCAAUGUGUUGGAUGGAGUUGCCUCGUAUUGCCGGGCCUGCGCACUGGGGUCUGAACAGUCUGGGUCAUCCUGCGUACCCUGUCCUGCUGGACACUACAUUGAGAAGGAAACCAACCAAUGCAAGGAGUGCCCAGCCAACACAUAUCUGUCCAUACAUCAGGUGUACGGCAAAGAGUCUUGUAUCCCAUGUGGGCCUGGCAGUAAAAGCAACAAGGACCAUUCCGCCUGCUUCAGCGACUGCACGCUCUCUUACCUCAGGGACAACCAGACCCUGAAUUAUGACUUUACCAACCUCAGCGGGGUGGGGUCAUUAAUGAAUGGACCCAGCUUUACAUCCAAAGGGACAAAGUUCUUUCAUUUCUUUAACAUCAGCCUGUGUGGGAAUGAGGGAAAGAAGAUGGCGAUUUGCACAGACAAUAUAACAGAUGUCACAGUAAAGGAUAUGGUAGCUGAAUCAGAAGACUCUUCAAGCUUGGUGGGAACUUUUGUAUGCCAGUCUACGAUCAUCCCAUCAGACAGUAAGGGGUUCAGAACAGCACUGGCUCUGCAGUCCAACAGCCUUGCUGAUACAUUCUUAGGAGCUACGGUUGAAACCACACUGGGAAAUAUUAACAUUGCAACAGAAAUGUUUCCAUCUUCCCAAAGGACAAUACCUGAUGUGAAUUUCUUUUUCAAGUCUUCUACACUUACAACCCCCUGUGAAAAUGGACGUGCAACUGUUGUGGUGAUGAGGUGUAAUCCCACCAAACCAGGCCAAGGCGAUAUUUCAGUCCCCAGCACAUGCCCCGUUGGCACCUGUGAUGGAUGCACCUUCUACUUCCUGUGGGAAAGUACAGAAGCCUGUCCUUUGUGCACAGAGCAUGACUACCAUGAGAUUGAGGGAGCUUGUAAAAAGGGAUUUCAGGAAACCUUAUAUGUCUGGAAUGAGCCAAAGCAAUGCAUGAAGGGGAUUGCCUUGCCUGAGAAAAGGGUCAGCACCUGUGAAACCAUGGACUUUUGGUUAAAAGUUGGAGCAGGUGUUGGUGCAUUCACGGCUGUGCUGCUCGUAGCCUUAACCUGCUACUUCUGGAAGAAAAAUCAGAAGUUGGAGUAUAAAUAUUCCAAAUUAGUGAUGACAGCUAACUCGAAAGAGUGUGAGCUUCCAGCUGCUGACAGCUGUGCUAUAAUGGAAGGAGAAGAUAAUGAAGAGGAAAUCGUAUAUUCAAAUAAACAGUCAUUGCUGGGGAAGCUCAAGUCAUUGGCAACAAAGGGUGGGAAGACCCUGAGGGAGGACCUCAUUGGGAUGACCCCAGCAAGAACCACUCCUCUAUCAAUGACCACCUGUUGAAAGAUCCAUCAGACUCUGUAAUAUCCUUGGGAAAAACAAGAUCGUUUUGAAUCUGUUCAGCUGAAAUCUUCAAGAUCACAAAAUAUAUGAGGAUUAAAUGCUACCUUCAAAGAAACAAACCUGAUUUCUAUUUUUACGGGACCAUAUUUUAAACAUAUUCCUGCAGAGUAAUGGUUGCAGUGAGAAAUGCUGAGCCAUUUAAGAAAAAAGAGGGUUGAAAUCAAAACAAAAGAUUGGAUUGCCUUAUUCUGUGGUCAAGUACCUUGCCAAAAACAAGAAGCAGACUGCUUGGAUUCCAAAUUAGGAAUGAAACGUAACUCAGGAAGAGAUAUACAGACUACAACUGACAUGAGUUUUGUAUUCACCUGUGCAUUGCUCAGGCAUGCUGUGAUUUAUUGGUACCUUUCAAUGCAUAAUCACUUCGUCCAUAUGCAUCAUAAGAACUAAUUUUCUGGGAGAUUCGAAACUUUCUGAAAAGGUUCUGUACUGUCCUUUUUGUAGCCUAACUUCAAGUCUCUCUUAAAAUCAAAAUGGAGAAUGGUACUUGAAACAGAACCAUGGAUGACUUUUGAUCCUUGGAUAAAAUAAUGCUUUUGGGGCAAAGGGCUGGAUGUCCUGCAACAGCCUUCAGUGUGGCAGGGCCAAUUUUGCACCCAUGGAUCAAACCCACUUAGAUGCCAACAUGAUGACCAUCUGGGUUGGCUUGAACAUGACACUCCUGAAUCUAAGGCUAUAGCUAUACCUACAGCUAAGGGUGUGAUUCCCAGCCUGUAUAGACAUUUUCGCAUCUGCUGUCAUCAAUCUAGCACACUAAGAAUAGUAAUGUAGCCAUGGUAGCACAGGCAGCGGCCGCACGGGCAAGCUGUGCCGAGUAUGUACCCACAGGGUUCAGGUGGAUUUGUACUCAGGGUGGCUAGCCCAUGCCACUGCUUGGCACUGCUUGUGCUACUGUGGCUACACGACUGUAUUUAGUGUGCUAUUUUGAGAGCUAGAGCAAGUCUGGCUACGCGAGCUGAGAGUCACACCUCCAGCUCCAAGUGUAGACAUACCCUAAAUGUGUGCGCUGCCACUGCCGGAGUUGAAAGAUCAGAGCCAUCCGUUUAGAAGCAGCAGCAGCAGCACUCAGAAAUCUUUUGACGUGGUUUAGACACUGGGGGGACCAAAGAUCCACAAUGUGAAUUAUGCAUUCUCCCUGCCUGGGGAAGCUUGUCCUGAGCAUCGAGGUUGACAGCAGUUCAGUACCCGGUUCGAGAUGUCAUUUGUGUGUCAACCCCCUGGGAUGAGCAUCUAUAGGGAUUGAAUCCUGGACUCUUUGGGAGCGAGGGGAACCACAAACUUCUAGUGUCUAAGCUAACCGAGCCAAUUUGCAGUUGAGAGGCAGUAUCAGACUCUUUAGCCUGUAUGUGGUCUAAAAAGGGACAAGGACCCCCCCCCCCUUUGCAGGUAUUAAUGUUGGUUACACCAUCAUGCAUCUUGGCAUACAAAUGGGUUCUACUGUCGAUGCAAGUUAUUGUACAUUUAAAUGAGGGGACAAAAAGGUGCUUUGACUAUUGAAGGAUGGCCUGAGAUCCUUUUUCAGGGCUAAAAAUCUCUGACUUAUCAAUCACAUUAAAAGUAUGUGAUCUUCCUAAUAUCGAGUCUAUGAAAAACUGUAAUUUCCUGAAAUUCCAGUGCAAAUUGAACUGAAAAUAAUCUACUAAAAUGUGGGUAUAAAAUCGUUGAUGAAAAUUAUGAAGGAAAGAGUUGCGUAAAGCUAGGAAGAAAUGAGGCUCCAAUCUUGUCCCUCUAAUCAGACCUAUAUCUGCAUCACAAUAAAAUGACUGAAUUGUGAAAUGCAUAUAAAACUUUGGAAAAGACACAGGCAAAAAUGGUGUUUUUACUAUAAAGGAUAUAUAGAUUUGGGCUUUUGUAUGACUCAGUUGCAUCAACCAGUCUGAGAAGAGUCCACUUCUAAAUUAAAUUGAAUCUAAAAUGAAAACUGAAUAUUUUAUUACACUAUGAGAUGUGAAGGAGAUUUUAUGAAGAUUAGAGCUUCUUUUUCUUGUUUAGGGAAAUUUAUUUCAAUUAUUUUAUAUAUCCAGAAACUGAGAUCUGUUCUUCUGGUUGGAGUUACGUUGGGCAUCUCAUCAGAGGUUGUGUACAUUUCUUUUUGUUCUUGAAACAGCGUUUCAUUUUCCAGAAAGAAGGGAUUUUUAUGAGGUAUUGAACCAUUUUUUGAUGUUUUUGAAUGUAUAUUAAAUACAAGUUUCUUUUUUUGUAUAUUUUGUACUGUUGCACAUUUAUUAUCUUACAUUGUAUUUGUCAUCAUCCUAUCGUUUACACGCAGUCAGCAAUGGUGACAUGCUCCCUUAGCAAAUGCCAAUUGGGACUUUGAGAUUUCAGUUCUUUGCUGAUCUUUUAUGAAGAGGAUUUUUUUUGAUGUCAUUGGAUUUUAUUCAGAUAGUGUGUUGUAGUGUCAAAGGUUUUCAGCUGGUCAGCAUUUGUACAGUGAAGUGAAAAUCUAUUUGAACUGCGAAUUUGCAAUCUUUGGAAGAACUGCAGCCUGCGCUAAAUUUGGCAGUGUUCUUCAAUGAUGGGUGGAGCCAUGGAACGUCCCACCUUGCACAGAAUUACAUCUGUCACCACUGUUUUCAUCUAUUGCUCUUAUCUGCACCCGUUUCCCAAGCCAUAGAGAUAUAAUUGGGAUUCAUUUCCAGGAACAUCUUUUCUUCUGCUGCUGCUGGAGUCAUAUUCCUGACAUGUUAAAAUGCCUUAAAUUAUAACAAACUACCUUUCAGUUUUAUUAAUACAAAGGAGGGGUUUUAUAUGUUUUGUUAUUUCCCUCCCCCCCCCAUGACUUUUUCAAAUUUAGAUAUAAAAUAGCAUUUUUUGUCAGCUCCUGCAGCCUUUGCUAUAUGACACUUCUUAUAUGAGGUUCCAAAUGAUCUGUCAUAUUAUUAUAAGAAAUUCUUCUGGGCACCGUGAAGGUACACCUGGUUGAGCACUAUGAAAAGCCGAAACCAGCUAAGCCUAUAGAAUUGAUUUAAGGCUAGCGUAAAGUAUUGUAAUGGAAUUUUCCAGACAUAAAUAAGUUUGUUCUGAUACCUUUUAGCUGAGUUUUGGCUGUUUCUCUUUUUCUUUCCCUAAAGAUAGACAAAAAGGCUGUUUUCAUGUUCCCAUAAAAGGCACAGUUUUGAAGUCUUGAAACACUUCAUUAAGCAAACUGUUGCCUGUGACAUCUAGUAUUCUGCCAAAAUGUACUCACAGCAACCAUCCCAUCAGCAACGUUAUGUACGAAUUUGUUAUUUAAGGCCAUAAACAAAUGCAAAGCGCUCUGUUAUGUGUUCAGUUGAUUAAACGGGAUACAUUUUUA